AUGGCAGGGAAGCUGUGGCAGACAUUUAAGGAGGGUAAGAGUGAUCAUAAUACGAUAGAAUUUUACUCUCAGUUUGAUGAUGAGAAGCUUGGGCCUAAAACUGGUGUCUUUAACUUGAAUAAAGGCAAUUACAAAGGUAUAAUGGCACAGUCGGCUGCAGUGGACGGGUUUCCUCGGACAGUGAUUUAUCGUUCCUUCAUGAAACCUCGAUACAAGAUUGCCUACAAAAUGGUUACGGAAAUGGAAUGGAGGUGUUGCCAUGGUUACUCAGGAGACGACUGUUCAAUGGGUCCAGCAGGGCAGACUGAAGUUGUGUCUCCUAGACCACGACAGCCUCAUCCAUCUGGGACAAGGCAAUCGGCAGGUUCUCCAGCUGAAGGUGGAAGAGAUUCCGAUAAAUCCCAUCAGAUGGAAGAGAAGAUCCAAAAAUUGAGCCAGGAAAUUCACAACCUUCAGUCCACCAUUAGGGGGAUGAAUGAGAAAUUCCAGGAGGAAAUGCGGAAGGCGAUUGAGGUGGCAAUGAACGGGAGGCAGCCAGCUGAUGCAGCAUCCCACCCUGACAUGAAGGAGACGAUCAAUGAGAUUCAGAGAAAGCUCCAUCAGAUCGACAACCGAGUAAAGGAGCACGAUGAUGAGAUUGACCUCUUAAACACAGUCAAACCCACUGGAACUGCUGGGGGUCAGUCAGAGACUGGCCAGAAAUGGUCAGACUUGAAGGGAGAGCUUGUGAGGGAGGUGGAGCGCCGGGUACAGAACUCAUGUUUCUCCUGUCGAGCUGACAUUGAACUUCUCCGGCAGCAGCAGAAAGAAGAUGCGCAGAGAUUGCGAGAACUGGGCAGAAUAUUCAAUGCCACCGAGCAACAUAAUCGGCAUCUAAUAGAAAGUAUUCAUAAGCACAUAAGUGGGAUGCCUGGAUCUGAGGCAAAACCUUGCUGUGGGGAAAUAGACAGCACAAAAGCAAAGGUGGAGGAUGUGGAGCGGAAGCUUACGUCUCUAUCGGAUGUGGUGGGGGCUUUGAAUCAGAGGUUGGACCAACAGCUUCUUCACUCAUCGUCGGGUAUCUCUCCGUGGAAUGACCAGUUCCAUAAACAGCUCCAACAUAUUGAACAAAGACUGAACUCAACUGAGAAAAAUAUUGAAAAGCGUCUCAUGUCACAUCUCAAAAAUCUGAGGCAUGAAUUUGGGGACAAGAUCAAUGGAAAUGAGGAGAGAGUUAACACAGUAGUGUCUAUACUGGGCAAUGGUACAGCCUUUAAUGAUUGGGUCCGAGACACAGUCACUGGUUUAGGUGAAGACAUUGCAAAGUUGAAGAAUACUGUGGGACAGGAUGGAGAAAAUCUGUUGUCGGUGGUCUCCAGUGUGCAUGAGCUGGAAUCCAAGGUGCAUGUAGCUGUCAAUGGCUGUGCUGAAAUCUGUAGCUCUCCCCAUGUCACUGUGACCGAUGCUGACCAAAAUACCUCUGACAUCUUGGACGUUUUAACAAAGCUUCAGAGGAAGAUUUUGAAGGAUGAAGUUCAUAUUCAAAACUUUGGGCCAAGUAUACAUAACCUCACUAUGGAAGGCAAUUCAUUCAAGAAUAUGCUGCAACAGUUUAGGCAGGAAGUCAAACAGCUAAGGUCAAUGAUGCAUUCUAAUGAGGAACAAGUGAACCAAAUUAGCUCCAACCUCAGGGAUUUGGAGAGCAAAGUACAAAGUUCCAUUGAAAGCAGUUUGACAGUAUGCAACACCAUUAAAGGUGAAGUCCUUCUGGGUAGGAAUGAAACUGACAGACGAGUUAGCAAACUGACCGAGGAGUUGGACAAAUUGAAGGAAAGAGUUGGUCAUUCUGAGAAUAAUUGCAGUUUCAUUUGCUCAACAAUUCAGAAAGAAUUAACCAGGUUAAAUGAGGAGCUUAUGGACCCUGCCAAAUAUUAUAAGGACCUGUUAUUUAAAAUAGAAACCUUCAAUAAGACCCUCAAUGGACUUGGAAUAUUUGGUGGCAAUUUGGGUGUUGAACUUGGCUCGAUGCAGGGAGAGCUGAGAGAUGUCAUACUGACCUUCAAUUCAAUCAAUAGCACCUUGCAGGUCCUUCAAGACUCUAUUGAUCAGCAGAGCCACAAUACUGAUAUGCUGAACACAACUUUCUCUGAAAGCACUAACAGAUUGAUUACAGAUAUCAGCAAGAUCCAGGAAGAGAUCACUGAUCACAUUGAAGGCACUAACAAUAAGUUCAUCAAUUUCCAGAAUGAGUUAGGAAAGUUCAGCAGCCACAUGGUGGUGGAAAUUGAUGAAUGCAGGGACUCCAAUGAAGGACUUAGACAACGAGUGUCCAAACUGGAGAAUAUCUGCUUCAAGUUGGAUUCAGUUUCGCAGAGUCUGGAGAAAAUCAAGGAGGGUUUAAAUAGACAUGUUUCCAGCCUGUGGAACUGCCAGCGGGAAUUAAAUACCACGUUGCAGAUGCACUCUGGGAUGUUGCAAAAUAUCCAGGACAAUCACCUGGGACUCCUGAAGCAGAAAAUCACAACCCUGAAUCAGUCUGUGGCUGACAUAUACACUGAAAUUCACGAUUUCACCAGUCAGGACUUCAUUGGAAUUGAAGGGCCCCCCGGACCCCCUGGACCACAAGGUCCCGCAGGUGAAGACGCCUUCAUUGAACGGAUUUCAUUUUCUGCGGCCCUCACCACUCCUCAGCUCAAUCCUGGGACCAUCCUAUUUGAUAAGGUGUUGGUGAACGAAGGAAGCCAUUACGAUCCAAGCACAGGUAUCUUUACUGUCCCAUAUGAUGGCCGAUACUUCAUUAGUGCUAUUUUGACCGGACAUCGUAACCAGCGGAUUGAAGCUGUUCUCGCAAAGUCUAACACCGGGCUGGCAAGGAUUGACUCGGGGGGUUUCCAACCCGAGGGGUUGGAGAACAGGCCUGUGGUGGGCGCUCAACCUAUCUCAGGAUCCCUGGGAAUCUUCAACAUCAUCUUACCCCUUCGCCAAGGAGACACAGUCUGUAUCGACCUGGUUACAGGCAAAUUGGCCCAUUCAGACGAACCCCUGACGGUCUUUAAUGGGGUUCUUUUGUACGAAGAUGAGGAUAUUUGAUGGAAUGGUCUCCCAGGGGUCUGCCCUGUGCUGUAUUUAAACAGAAAUAUAUUCAGAGCUCAUUCACAUCAAGUUUGAGAUCUAGAGCCCGAUCUCCACACUGCUGCUGAAUUAUUUAACAGAAAGCAAGUUGUUGCAAUCUUUGACACCAACUGAUGCUGCGCAGAGAGGACUUGAUAGCCUCUAUUUUAUCUUUUCAACAUGAACCAUAUUUAAUGAAAGAGAGCCAACCUGACUGCCUAUCUGUGUAGAAUUCAGAAACAUUCCAGGACCCGGUGCUUGGUUGGUGGAGUUUGGUGUCUGGAAUGAGAAGGAUUGAAGGAUUCCAUAUCCACACAAGGAACUGAGUUGCUUGUAUUGAAAACUGUCAGCUCAGAGAUGAUUGGUUAUAAAUAAAAAGCUCCAUUUUUUAA